AUGGAAGAUGUAAUUCUAGAAGUGACUGAGAUAGUAGAAAAGCAAGAAAGCAAAAGUCGUCCUUCUGGUCUUAAUACAGUCAAUCUUCUGAAGGUCAGAAAACUUGCUUCAAGUGCACUAGGCUUUGGACCCCAAAUGGCUAUGCAAGUUGCUGAACGCUUGUAUACUCAAGAAGGGACAUUUGCUAAUUACCCAACAUGGGGCACACUUGGUGCCCAAGUAAAUAACCCAACAUGGGGUAGUUAUGUUCAGAGGCUGCUUGCUGAUGGUUAUCAAAAGCCACGAUCCGGGACAGAUGUAGGUGACCAUCCUCCUGUUACUCCAUUGAGGUCUGCAACUGAGGACAUGCUAGGAAAUGAUGCUUGGAGACUAUACGAGUACAUUUGUACACACUUCAUAGGGACUGUAUCUCCUGACUGCAAAUAUGUAAGAUUGCCUGUCUUUCUGCUGUGUGGCACCAAGAGUGGAGCCCCGGAUAUGCUUAGAGAAUAUGUUCACCUUAUUUGCUUUAUGCCGAUAGUGGAAUUGAGGGAAUAA